AUGGCCUAUCUUCUUCUUUAUGUGGACGACAUCACUCUCACUGCGUCUUCUGAUAAUCUUUGCCAGUCUAUAAUAUCACGACUCAACUCUGAAUUUGCUAUGAAAGACUUGGGACCACUAAAUUAUUUUUUGGGUAUUGCAGUUACUCGACAUGAUGGUGGUUUGUUCUUAUCUCAGAAAAAGUAUGCAGAUGAAAUUCUUGAGCGAGCAGGCAUGUCGUCAUGCAAAUCAUGUCCCACUCUGGUUGACACUAAACCGAAGCUUAGUGCCAAGACUAGCACUCCCUAUGAAGACCUAUCAUUAUACUGUAGCCUUGUCGGUGCUCUCCAAUACCUCACUUUUACGAGACCCAAUAUCACAUAUGCAGGAACCAGUCACUAUGGUUUACAUCUCUAUCCAUCAUCCACUACAUCGUUGGUCUCUUACACAGAUGCUGAUUGGGGAGGAUGUCCCGACACUAGACGCUCUACCUCAGGAUAUUGUGUUUUUCUUGGAGGCAACUUACUAUCAUGGUCGUCCAAACGUCAACCCACAUUGUCUCGAUCCAGUGCUGAAGCUGAAUAUCAUGGAGUUGCCAAUUUCGUCUCUGAGCCAUGUUGGUUACAUAACCUACUUCUCGAACUACAUUGUCUGACACACAAAGCUACUAUGGUGUACUGUGAUAACAUUAGUGCCAUAUAUCUUUCUAGUAAUCCUGUUCAACAUCAACGUACAAAACACAUUGAGAUGGAUAUUCACUUUAUACGUGAAAAAGUAGCUCGUGGACAGAUACGCGUCUUGCAUGUUCCCUCGCGCUAUCAAAUUGCGGAUAUAUUCACCAAGGGACUUCCCUUAAUACUUUUUCAAGAUUUUCGAGACAGUUUAAGCGUACGCCAACCUCCCACUUCAAUUGCGGGGGUGUGA